AUAGAACCUGGCAGCCUAGUACUAUUGACUCCGGAGAGUGGAUGGGGAUGUGGCUAUGGGGAUGUGGCUAUUCCGAGAGCAGCCUCUCCCAUCUGGACCACUCAACGACUACUGUUUGAACUCUCUCUUGUAUGCUCUCUACAUCUGGAGAGUUCAUCCACUGGCUAUGUACGGAACACCGGAAUCCAAUCAAUGCUGUGCCGAGCACAUUUCUUGCUGCCUGAACGUCAUCUGAGAACCCCUCAUGGUUUCAUCCAAGGCUCAGAUCCAAUGAGAGCGAAUCCAUCCGGUAGAUCAUCCAAUGGAUGUGUCGACAUGAGAGAUUCACUCGGGUAAAGACGAGGGGCUUUGAUCACUGCCUCGCUGUCCCUGCUUCAGCCCUGUAACCCCCACCUCCGGAGUAAGUCAACAUAUCUAUGA